AUGUCAGCUCUGGUUCACGACUCGCCCGACCGAGCCGUUACAGCCAUUGAGCCUUUGACAGGAAGCGACAACUUCGCAACAUGGAAACGUCUCAUGACCUCCUACCUCAAGGCAAGGCAGGUCUGGGAUGUCGUGUCGGGCGACCUUGAGCGUCCUGACUGUUCUUUCAAGUACGCCAAGCCCAUUACGGCGGACAUCCACCCCCUGGUGGAAUCGCACCUCGUGGGGGCGGUGAGGCAACGCGCCAUCGAAGCGCGCCUCGAAGUGGAGGUCCAGGCAUUCGAGCGUCACCGUGAAUGGUCGCGCCGUGAGGCCGAAGCCUACCACACCAUCUUCCGCUAUCUGUCCCCUCAUAUCAGUAUCCAUGUCGCGGGGCUGGAGACAUCACGCGACCUCUGGAAUGAGCUCGAAGAGCGGUACCGACGGAUGGAACUCGCGACGUUCUGCGAGCUGUUUGCUCAGCUUCGUGAAACCACCGGCGAGCGCUGCGGUAGUGCCCGCGAAUUUGUCGAUCGUGUACGGAUGCUAGUGCACCGAUUGAAUGCGAUCGCCCCUGGAUCGAUCGGCGACAAAGCCCAUAUUGCGAUUCUGCUCACGCAGAUCGGACCAGAAUACAUCCUGAUCGUGGAUGCGAUCCAAAAUGAUAAGGAUCCCGUCAACCCAGCGACUAUUGGCAACCGUCUAGCGAAUGCUGAGCAGACGGUGCAGCGAAAGGACGCAGCGACGUUCCCGCAGCGAGUCCCCAGCGGAACAAGCAACCCUUCCAUCAAUACGGUGCAGAAGAACACCAAGAAAUGCAACUACUGCAAGAAGCGCGGCCAUGUAGCUGCGGAGUGCUGGAAGAAGCAGCGCGAACAACAGCCGCCCAGGGACCAUGCCCUGAAGGCGGAACGGAGUGUUUCCGGCUCACCAAGGAGCAAUCUACAAAACAUACCAUCAAGCCAGAUGGAAGAUCGGCAGGGCCCGCCGACUUCCAAGAGACCGCGGAUCAAUAUCGUGAGGGCGAGGGUGACGACCCUUUAUACCCACGCACCGUCACCCCGGUGGAUCCUGGACUCGGCCGCCACCAGCCACAUCUGCUGGGACCGCAGCUGCUUCAGCAGUCUUCGGUCUCAUCGUGAGAUGUUGGACACGGCGGGCGAUCCAGUGGAAGCUGAAGGGAUUGGUACGGUGAAGCUCACGCUCCGGGGGAAGUUCAACCAACCCCUGGUGUUAAAGAAUGUAUACUUCGCGCCACGCGUUGGGAUGAACCUGAUCAGCGUGCCGAAGCUGUUGCGAGACCGCUAUUCGGUGGUGGCGCACCCGCAGAACGUCUUUGUGCAACGCCGAGGACGGACGGUGGGGACCGCCUACCAUACAGAGGAGGAUCUACUGAUCCUGCGGUGCCAUGUGAGCAAGAGAUCCCGAGAGCGAGUCCAACUGGCGAGGGCGCCGGCGACCCAUGACCAUGCAGAUUCCCUGGAACCACAGGCGGUGGCCAUGGACGUCGACGACCCUCAGGAGUCAAGUGACGUAGAAUGUACAGCGUCAACCUCUGAACUCGGUGGUGAAGCUCGGAUACUCGAAGAAGAUGCGAGCAAAGGAGUGGACCAGGCCUCCGAAGCGCUGUGGCACGCUCGGAUGGGACAUCUGAAUCGGGGCGACUUGCGGGUGGUCCUCCGGCAGACCGGCACUCCGUAUCGACCGCUGACGCAGGCGCAGCUGCAGGCAACGCCGCAGUGCCCGGCGUGCAUGUCGGGUAAGCAGCAUCAGAAGAGGAACUCCCGUGCACGACGGCCACGUCUGCAUUCAACGAGAAUUUUCGAAUUGAUUCAUUCGGACAUCAUGGAGAUGCCGAUGGCCAAAGAUGGCUCCAGGUACGUGAUCACCUUUACUGACGAUUAUUCUCGUGGCUCGUGGGCCUAUGCCAUGAGGUGGAAGCAUGAAGCGCUCCAGAAGUUCCAACAGUUUGAGGCCUGGAUGCACCGACAGUUCGGCGCCCAGAUCAAAAAGUUCCUCACCGACAACGGGAGAGAAUAUUUGCCCAUUGGAACACAUCUCGAAUCCCAGGGAGUCGAGUUUGACACCUCGCCGCCAUACUGCAAAGGGCAGAAUGGACUUGCGGAACGCACCAAUCGCACUAUCCGGGAGCGAAUCAACACGCUCCUGUCCGAUGCCAACCUUCCUCCUUCCUGGUGGAUCGAGCUGGUAGACACUGUGGUCUAUCUGAAGCUGCGCGCGCCAGCUUCAAUCCUUCAGAAAAAGACCCCGUACGAAAUUAUUUAUGGGAAGCCGCCAUCGCUGUUACAUCUACGACGGAUUGGCUCCCGUGCAUGGGUCUUAAUUCCAAAAGAGCAUCGAGCAAAACUCGGACCGAGAUCAUCCGAGUGCCGACUACUAGGUUAUUGUGAACCGAAUCAGUAUAAGCUCUAUGAAAUCCAUUCUAGAAAGACGGUCUUCUCUCGUGAUGUCGAGUUCGACGAGAGGACCCCGGUGGCGCCACUCGUCGAGGGGGAAACAGGCAACGACCUCCCGGACAACGCUCCUCCAUCGCCCGUCUUUCCGAUAGUGCCGAUAAGUUCAGCCAGCGGGCUGCCCACACCACCUGCUUCGCCAUUGCCUUCGUCGGCUGAGCGAGAGAAAACGCCAUCUGAGCGUGAAGAGGAGACACCUCCAGCAGUCAAUCCAAGCCAACAGGGAACUGACCUGACACAGGAUCUUGGAUAUUCGUUGUAUGGCCGCAGAAGAAGGCCUUCGCGAAGGUUGCUGGAAUCACUCGGCAAGGUGUAUACGGCAGGCGUAUUGAAUACUGCAUCUGUGAGCAAAGUCGACCCGUCGACUUUCCACGAGGCCGUGUCGGGCUCGAAUCAACUGGAAUGGUGGGCAGCCAUCCAGAAAGAAUAUUCGUCUCUUCUGGAACACGGAACAUGGGAAAAGGUUCUGCGAACAGACGUACCAGCCGGAGAUCAUGUGAUAGGCUGUAAAUGGGUCUUCAAGACUAAAGCCAACGGAACCCGCAAAGCUCGAUUGGUCAUCAAGGGCUACCGACAGAAACACGGUAUCGAUUAUCAUGAAACAUUUGCAGCUGUGUCACGAAUGGACUCGGUGCGCUGCAUUGUCGCCAGCGCAGUGCUGCGCGGAUGGAAACUCCACCAAUUCGAUGCUGUCACUGCAUUCCUGCAUGGUGACGUUGACUCCUCCAUUUACAUGGAUUUGCCCGAAGGCUUCGAAGAGCCAGGAUAUGUUUGUCGGCUUCGCCGCUCCCUGUAUGGCCUCAAGCAGGCCCCGCGGAUUUGGUAUCAAUGCGUCCACCGCGUCCUGGCCACCCACGGCUUCACCAUGGCCCAAUCGGACAACUGUGUAUUCUACAAAUCCAAUUGCGUGGUCUGUGUUUACGUCGAUGACUUUCUCAUUGCUGCGGCAAACUCGCAUGAGAUAGAACAAGUGCAACGAGCAUUGCAAGCAGAAUUCCAAUUGAAUGACCUGGGGACGCCACGCUCGUUCCUCGGGAUCCAGUUCGACUAUCACGUCAAUGGGUCCGUAUCCAUUCACCAACACCAGUACAUCCAGAAGGUACUCUCAGACUUUGGCAUGGAAACUUGUCAGCCGAAGUCUACGCCGAUGAAUCCCAAGCAAAUCCUGAAUCAUCGGCCAGGGGAGGAACUUCCAGACGAGGAAGCAAAAGCUCGCUAUACGACCGCCAUCGGCUCGUUAAUGUAUCUGAUGGUUGGCACGCGACCGGAUGUUGCGUUUGCGCUGGGCACGUUGAGUCGCUUCACGUCUCAGCCGCAAACACACCACCAAGUUGCGCUGCAGCGAUUGCUUCGCUACAUCCAAGCCACACAGUCUCAUCGUAUCACUUACCGCAGUGGACAGCUAAUCGGGCGCACCGGUUUCCUGGUCGUCCAAGAGACAGGGGAAGUAGCCACGUCUACAACACAUGCCGAAUACAUUGGACAGUACAACGCUAUUCUGCAUCUGCAGUGGCUCCGCACCUUUCUGGCCGAAACGCAACUGUAUCGGUCUCUGGUCACUAACAUCAUGGCUGACAACCAAUCCGCCAUUGCUCUCUCUCGCAAUCCCGAGUUCCAUAAACGGACGAAGCACUUCAAUGUGAAAUUUCACUAUCAGCGAGCCGUGCUGGAUGCAGGCGGGAUUGAGCUUCAAUAUAUUCCAACUGGGGAACAGGCAGCGGACGGCCUCACCAAGCCAUUGGGACCAACGUCCUUUGCCAAGUUUUGUAGUCUCUUAGGCGUCAAUGCUCCAGAGAUCUCGAAACAAACCGCGUGA